GGACAUCUUUCUCUCUCUAAAAAUUUCUUCUCUCUCUAUAAAAAAUUUAGUUUCUCAUAAUCCACGAGGCUUUAGGCGACUUGAGUAACCUUUUGAAAGCGUUCGACUAGCUUAUUCCGGUUUUUUUUAUUAUCGAUGGAUCAUCAUCAUCAUCAAUAUGUCGAUUUUGGUUUGAGAAGUGAAGAUAAUAUUGAUAGCAACGAUAGAAAAGGUGAUGAAAAUAAUAAUAAUUUGGACCUAAAAAGAGGUUCAUGGACUGUUGAAGAAGAUUUCACUCUUAUGAAUCAUAUUGCUCUUCACGGCGAAGGUCGUUGGAAUUCCCUCGCUCGUUCUGCAGGUUUAAAGAGAACCGGAAAAAGCUGCAGAUUAAGAUGGCUUAAUUAUCUUAGACCAGAUGUUCGACGUGGAAAUAUUACACUUGAAGAACAAUUGUUGAUUCUUCAACUUCAUUCUCGUUGGGGCAAUAGGUGGUCGAAAAUUGCACAACAUUUGCCUGGAAGAACAGAUAAUGAGAUAAAAAAUUACUGGAGAACCCGAGUGCAAAAACAAGCCAAACAACUAAAGUGUGAUGUCAAUAGCAAAGAAUUCAAAGAUACAUUGCAUUAUCUUUGGAUACCAAGGCUAGUUGAGAGAAUUCAAGCUUCUUCUAACUCAAAUAAUCAAGUGAAUAUUCAAAAAACAAAUGAAAAUAUUAUUAUUAACAAUAAUAAUAAUAAUAUUGUUCCAAAUAUGAAUUUUACACAAGAGAAUUAUUCUAGUACAACAACAACAACUUCAUCAGAAAACUCAAUUGGGACACAAAUUUCAGACAUGUCUGAUAAUUGCUACACUAAUUAUCCUCUUAAUCAAGGUGAUUAUGGGGAAAUCUUGAUUAGUCCCACAGGUGGUUAUUUUCAACAAGGUGAUAUUUUUGAUGAUAAUAAUCAUCACCAAAAUAUGAGCCAAUUAUUUUUGGAUGAUAAUGUUUGUGACAAUUUGUGGAAUAUUGAUGAUAUGUUGUUUUUACAACAACAACUCAAUUAACAAUCAGAGGCCUGGGGUUCGAGCUUUGCGUUUGGAAAAAAUCAUGUUAAAAUUUUUUGUAUGCAUCGUGGAUAUGAAUUAAUUAGUCAGACUCCAAUUAGAAUAAACAAAAUCUAAGUGUAGAAAUUAUCAAAAUUAGGGUCAUUACUCAUUACAAUUCAUCAAAGGGUAGUUUUAUUUUUAAUUUUAUUUUUAAUCUUAAUCUUUAUUUAAGUGAGAUACAUAUACAUUAACCUUUCUGAAGGAUUUGUAACAUUUAUCUCUUUUAGUUAAGGAUUUAUAAGAUUUGUAGCAUUUACUUCUUUUAGAAUUUUAUUCUUUGAAUGGGAAAUUUUUAUA